CUUAAUUACUUAGCCCUGGUUGUUGAGUCUUAUUAUGGUUAGCAAAUCAAAAACACCUGUUACUCAUCUCUCUGCCAAGUUACAAACACAAACUCCACAACUCCAACUGCCAGCUCUCUAUCAAAGACAAAUAACACACCAACACCAUCUCCAUUGCCAAAGAAGAACCUUCUCUGGUUGUGCCAUUCGACAAAGCAUAACAACAUAUCCACAUUGCUGUCAAAGGAACUUUAAGUGUAAAGAAUGUUUCAGACAACCCUCUCCACUUUUCGGAGGAAACGGCGGCAGCCUGAAUUGAGCUGUGCUCAGCCUCAAAAGGAAAUGAAGUUUAGAGAGGUGACUGUGUACUUGGUGGAGAGAAGAAUGGGUAAAAGCAGGAGAAACUUCCUGGCAGGUUUGGCCAGGUCUAAGGGCUUUUCUGUGGACAACACCUUAAGUAGUAAAGUGACACAUGUUGUAGCAGAGGACACUCCAGCACAUGAGCUCUGGCCAUGGUUACAGGAACACGGCAUUGAAGACCUGGAUAAAAUGAAUGUGCUGGACAUCUCCUGGUUUACACAGAGCAUGAAAGCUGGCCAGCCCAUUCCAGUGGAGGCUCAACAUCGCAUUCGUAAACCGUCUGUGCAGUCGAAGCCAGAAGCAGGUCCGCAAGACAAUCCUUGGUCUACUGUCUCUCAGUACGCAUGCCAAAGAAGGACCACACUGUAUAAUCGUAACAAGAUCCUCACUGAUGCUCUGGAAGUUCUGGCAGAGAACUAUGAGUUCAUUGAGAGUAAAGGUCCGUGUCUGGGCUUCAAGAGAGCUGCGUCUGUACUGAAGAGUCUUCCAGUGCCAAUACGCAGCAUCAACGGCAUAGAGGGACUUCCCUGCCUUGGACCGGAGACCAUGGCUGUUAUACAGGAUAUUUUAGAGUGUGGAUCUUCCUCCAAAGUUGAAGAAGUAUUAACAGAUGAGAGAUAUCAAACUCUGAAGAUUUUUACCAGUGUGUUCGGUGUUGGACCCAAGACAGCAGAGAAGUGGUUUCGCCAAGGCCUGCGCAGCCUGGAACAGAUCGUCUCUGACUCCAGCAUACACUUAAACAGGAUGCAAAGAGCAGGAUUCCAGUAUUAUGAAGACAUCUCAAAGCCAGUAAGCAAAGCUGAGGCCGAGGCAUUGGGUCAGAUAAUAGAGGAGGUUGCCAACUGUGUCAAUCCAGAUAUCACUAUCACUCUGACUGGAGGCUUUCGCAGGGGAAAAGAAUUUGGACAUGAUGUAGAUUUUCUUCUCAGUGUACCUGGGCCUGGUAAAGAGGAUGGACUUCUACCUGCUGUGAUUGACCAAUUCAGGAGUCAGGGCAUUCUCCUUUACUCGGACUUCCAGGAAUCAACCUUUGACCUUAGCAAAUUGCCAAGUCGUCGGUUUGAAGCCAUGGACCAUUUCCAGAAGUGCUUCUUGAUCAUAAAGUUGAAGACGGAGCAGGUGGUUGGUCAGCAGGCAGAGCAGAGAUGUGGGAGAGAAUGGAGGGCAGUGAGGGUGGAUCUGGUGGCACCUCCGGCUGAGCGUUAUGCCUUCGCUCUGCUGGGUUGGAGUGGCUCCACGCAGUUUGAACGAGACCUGAGAAGAUUUGCCCGGCUGGAGCGAAACAUGCUACUGGACAAUCAUGCCCUCUUUGACAAAACUACGAAUACCUUCCUGCAGGCUAAGACAGAGGAGGACAUCUUCACCCAUUUGGGAUUGGACUAUAUUGAGCCUUGGCAGAGGAAUGCUUAGACCUCGUCCUAUUCAUCAAAAGCGUGUGCUUUCCUGCAGCUAAUCUCCCCUCAUAGCACACUAAAAGACUACACAAAUUCAAGACCAUCAAUGAUUUAUUUCACAUAAAAUCCAAAACUGUAAUACUUUGCCAUUAGGAAAGCUUUUUUCCCCCCUCUUUAACACUUGUGCUAAAAUUAAAUUAAAUAUAUUGCAGUAUGUUUGAUGUUAUGUUAUAAAUGAAUAAAAAAAAUUUGGGGUAUGAUUGUGCUAGAAAAGCUAAAAUGUGCAAAUAUAUCUGAUAUAUGUCUCUGCUACGCAGGAACGAGGAUAAGAGAGAGUCAAGGAAAAUGAAUUGCUGUAAUUACCAGCCUAUACAUCAAACCAGAUGAGACCAGACUGUCUAGGACCUCAUGUGGUGAUAAUAAGCACAGGUGGAGUUUAACAGCAGUAUAAGUGAUAUUGGAUUUCACCUUUACUGAGCAUCCUUUACUGAAUUCUAGCAUCCUCAUUACUGUAGAAUAACAGUGCUGGAGGAGGCGUAUGCUGUCUUUUUAAAAGACCACAUAUAUUUAUAAUGCUUUUUACGAGGAUGUGGAGAUUUGGUCACGCAAUAUUACUUAAUCACUUCUCUGUUUUGCAUUACUGAUUAUUUUCAUGUGUAAUACGGCAUGCUAAUAUAACAGUAUUGACUGCAUCUAUGUUGUGUGUCUUGAAGAUAUAAAAUGUCUCCAUAGGAUAGUUAGGAUAGUGUAAUAUUGCAUGUUUGUCUCAGUUGAAAUUACUUAAUUGUACUUAUUGCUAAAUAUAUUUGUUCUUUAGUUUGUAGGCAUUGCUUGUAUAAUGUUGCUUAGUUAUCCUGUCUGGAAUUAGCAUAAUGUGUUCCUAUCUCUUGAUAUAAUUAAACAUUUCUGACUGAUAUCUUUACCACUUAAGCAUGAUGGCUUACGGUAAAUUUCAUUCAACAU